CCGUCCGCGGGGCGGGGACGCGGCGGCGGUGGCGGCGGCUUCGUGUUGCCGGAACCCGAGCGCGCAGGCCCGUCCCGGCGGGCGGGCGGCCGGGGCGGGGGCGCCAUGUGGUUCAUGUAUGUGCUGAGCUGGCUGUCGCUCUUCAUCCAGGUGGCCUUCAUCACGCUGGCCGUCGCGGCCGGACUCUAUUACCUGGCAGAAUUGAUAGAAGAAUACACAGUGGCCACCAGCAGGAUCAUAAAAUACAUGAUCUGGUUCUCCACAGCUGUGCUGAUUGGCCUCUACGUUUUUGAGCGCUUCCCCACCUACAUGAUUGGUGUGGGCCUCUUCACCAACCUUGUCUACUUUGGCCUUCUCCAGACCUUCCCCUUCAUCAUGCUGACCUCGCCUAACUUCAUCCUGUCGUGCGGGCUAGUGGUGGUGAAUCAUUACCUAGCGUUUCAGUUUUUUGCAGAGGAAUAUUAUCCCUUCUCAGAGGUCCUGGCCUAUUUCACUUUCUGUCUGUGGAUAAUCCCGUUUGCAUUCUUUGUGUCGCUGUCGGCUGGGGAGAACGUCCUGCCCUCCACCAUGCAGCCCGGAGAUGACGUGGUCUCCAAUUACUUCACCAAAGGCAAGCGGGGCAAACGCUUAGGGAUCCUGGUUGUCUUCUCCUUCAUCAAAGAGGCCAUUCUACCCAGUCGGCAGAAGAUGUACUGAACUUCUACGGAGGGGAUGCUGGGGCAAGAUCAGGAGAGUCAGGCCCCUGGGCCUCUGCAGUAGGUGGGGGCCAGGAGCUGGAAGGCACCAUCCCCCAGCCCUGGCCCUCCUUCCCUUGACUCCCCCAGAAGUCCCUGUCCCCGCCGUCCUCAGGAGGCUCAGCUUGGCUCAGAUCUGAUGCUGCCAGAGGCUGAGACCUCAGAGGGCGCCAGGGAGGAUGCGGUGCCUGCUUAGCCAGGAGGCCGUGGUCCACCUGGGUGUGCAGAAGCUGAGCUCCUGUGGCCCUCCCGCCCCCUCCUGUGAUGGGUCCGGAGGUCUGGCUCAGCCAGGGCAGGCAGGGCAGGGGCCGUGAAGCUGGAGAGCAGACAGUGAUAACUGCUAUGGGCAGAUGGCCAUGGGGAGGGGCCGUGGCUUAGCACUUGCAAGAGAAAGUUUUUGCUGUUGAACUGUGAUUUCUGUCCAAGUGCUGAUUCCCGUUUGAAUAAAGAUUCUAGGUGGCCCUGUUUGCCUUAAUACCCUUAAAGUUCAUCUUCCUUUCUUCCUGCUGACCUUCCGCCUGGACUGGCUUUUCUGCGCCAGGGGCUCCUUUUCUGGGUUUGGGUCUUGCCUUUCCGAAGGGACUGUUCUUGUGGCCCUUUGUGGGAAGGGGACAGAGAUGAGGAGCCGAGCCUGGAGUGGGAGGUGGGGGGGUGGGGAUGGAUGCAGCCUUUCUUAAUCCCCUUCUCUCUCCUUCCAUCUCUUCUUUCCUCAGGGCUCCGUGACUGUCAGACUGCAGGCAGAGAGGGGAUGUGUGGGACUGGGUUAGAUUUUUCAGGAGAACAUGUACAGUAUCCUAUUUAUAAGUCUUCCCCUAGGGAAGAGGAGUGGUUUCUGGCUGAAUUCUAUCUCAGGCUUGAGGAGAAACAUUAAAAAUUGGCUUCCUGGCAGCCUGGGCUACAGUCUGUUUUGUAAGAAACAGGGCUGGUGAGACUCUAAGAGCACACAAGGGCUGGCCCUCUCUUCUGAGUGGUCUUGGCUCCUGGGGAGGUAAUCAGUCUUCUAAAAAGGCAGGCCAGGUCCUGGGCACAGGCCAGCAUUUGUUGACCUUGUAUUCCAACUACAGUGCCUUACAAGUACUCAGCAGUACAUAUGUGAAUGAAGUCCCCACGAGAGCCAUUAUCAGACAUGUCCUAUACCUCAAAGCAAAGCAGACAGGUGCAGAGAUGGACUGCAUACAUGUGGCACGUUUCAGCCACAGGGAAGACCUCUGUGCUUGAAAAUCUUACCUCUACAUCCUGCCUCAAGUCCCACCAUAGCCCUUCAUUUUCUUGGGUUUAGCAUUCCCCUUUCCUGGGGAAAGGAAAGGCCAGCACAUUUUGGCCUUCUCUCAGUGGCACUGAGAUUGCCAGGCCCUUUUGUCCUAUGCAGACAAGGGAGGACAAGGUGGAGGACCCUGGAGGCCAGUGUCCUGACUGCUGGCCAGCAGCUGGCCUUGCUCUCCCUUGCUGUCCAUUUCUUUGCUUCUCACCCCAGUGGUGUGGCUUUGCCCUCCAUUCACUCCACUGCCAGUGUUCUGGGGGUUGCCAGUGGUCUUGUGCUAUGUCCAGCGGACCCUCUUCAUAUCUCCUCUUUCUGGAUCUGUGCAGCAUCAGGCAGGGCUCGUCACCCCCAGCAUCCCGAGCACUUCUGUGGCUGGUUCUCCCUCUGGCUGGUCCUUUUCGGGUCCUGUGCAGGCCCCUCCACUCACCCCCUGCACAGUGGGGUUUCUCAGGGUUUGGUCGUGGGUUCCCUGAAGGAGCCCAUCCGUGCUGGUUUCAAGGAAUUGAGAGCUGACAGACAGCCCCAGCAUCCCUCUCGGU